UUGGAAAGUCCGAGUCGUUAUUCUGCGAAUCGAUUCUUUUGUAUAAUUCGUGUACAUUUCAUCUGAGCUGUUCAGACCGAUUUUGUCAAUUAUUUCAACUGAUUCUUUGAAAAAUAUUCAACUCAAAAGAACGAUUUGUUCACGUUAGUUUAAACCAACGAGUCAUUCUCUCAUACUGUGCGUAACGGGUUAGAAUCUACUUUGAAGCUAAAAUGAAGGACCGUCUUGGCGAUUUAACAGCCCGCUGCAAUGACACCACCACUACUCCUGUGGAGUCUAAUGCUUUCCUAGAGGAAUUCCUUCCUAAGGUUGAUGGGGUUCAAAAACUUAUCGAGAGAAUUUCCCUCUGUGUUGGAGAAGUAAAGCUUAGGCAUACUACCAUUCUGACAGAAAUCAACCCACCGACAUAUGCGAGAGAUGAACUUGAGCAGUUUAGCAAUGACAUCAAGCAGACAGCAGAUUUAAUCCGGGUUAAAUUAAAAGAUUUAGAAGGAAAAUUUUCAGAGUAUGAAAAUGCAAACCCCAGCUCAGUCUACUGCCGCAUCCAAAGUACUCAGCACACAGUACUUUCACUGAGGUUUGCAGAAAUAAUGAGUAUGUACAACCAAGAACUGUUAUCUUUCCGGACAAGGAGUAAAGAGCAGAUACAAAGACAGCUGGAGAUCAGUGGCAGAGUCAUCACUGAGGAGGAGACAGAGGUUUUGCUGCAAAGUAACAACCGUGCUGUUUUUACCUCAAAUAUCAACUCUGGCUCCUGCAUCACGGGGCAAACACUGAACGAGAUUGAGUCACGGCACAAGGACAUACUCUGUCUGGAGGCCAGCAUUCGAGAGCUGCAACACAUGUUUAUGGAUAUAGCUGUGUUAGUCAACAGUCAGGGUGAAAUGGCAAACAACAUAGCAAAGACUGUGUUGAAAGCUGAAAAUUAUGUAGAUCGAGGGAAAAAGAACGUCGAACAAGCUUGUGAUUACAAGACAUCCUGGCAUAUCCUGCCUUCAUUCAUGCGCAGAGCGAAACCAAAGACCAAUGAGGGCUCUUGAACCAAUCUUGAACUUUAAACAUAUGCUACUUGAAGGUGCUUUUGUGUUCUAUGAAAAUAAGGGAUUCCUGUACCUUGCCUAUACUAGAAAAAUUCUUACUUGUCGCAGAUUGUUGCAUGCCCUGAAUGUUUUGCUGAUCAGAUCCUUUUGAUUUGUCUGUUGGAUUUUCUCAGCCCAUUUACAAGCAAACGGUUCUCAUUUGUUUCUGCUUACAUGGUUAAUGAUUAAGCUUGCUCUCAGAUAGCACUAGCGGGUAUUUUCUGAUGCAAUAUGACCGAGUCUCAAUAGGUAUGUUUACAUGCACUAAUUUUGAUUUCGAGUUUUUUUUUUUUUUUUUAAAUGGUCAGUACCUGUUGAUUAAUUUAUUUCAGGUCUACACCAUCCUCUUUCAAUCUAAUUGAAAUUUUAUUUGGAUCGAGCUCAAUCGAAUUGAUUGAGGUGUUUACUUAAAGGUUUUUCAGUCCGAUUGAGCCAUCAAUCUGACCAUAAACAAAUUAUUUAGGUGCAUGUAAAUGUAGCUAAUGUAAAAGCCCAGUUAGAGUUUCGUACAUUUAACUUUUGUUUCUUGUGUUUACUUUUAUUAGUAUGUGUAUUAGUUGUUGAGUAUUGCUUUGGUGUAACUCAGUUCACCCAAAAAUGAAAAUUCUGUCCUCAUUUACUCACCCUAAUAUCAUUCCAAACCUGUAUGACGUACUUUCUUCUGUGGAACAAAUAAAACAGCACUGAUAAUCAUUGUAAGGCAAAAACAUUCUUUAAAAUAUCUUAUUCCGCAGAAGAAAUAAAGCCAUAAAGGCUUUAUAAAGACAGUUUUUCUCAAUUGCUUUGGCUCAAUUCUCAAGUUACUUUUUUAUUGAUAUUUGAAUGUAUUAUUGAUGUGUUUUAGCAUGUGUUUUGUACAUUUGCACUAUAACUAACUGCGCAUGGCCUGUUAAUCAAAACUGAUGAGUUGAUUCUCAGUGAAAUUGUCAAACUUCUAAACAUUCUUUCAUCAUGUCAGCCAUCACAUGCAAAAUGAUCCAUUCAGUUAUCAAAAUCUGUCAGACAUGCAUGUAUAUUCCAUAAAUAUCUGACAUGGAAUGUUUGUAAUAUCUGCUAAAUUGGCACACAAUUUCUGAAACCUGACACUCAAACAGCAGAACCACACACCAAUUCUGCAAAACCAUACACUAAUUCUCUGCCUUCGACUCAGUUUUCAGUUUCAUAAAACACUUUUGCAAAACACAAAAAAAAAACAGUUCUCUAUGUAACACACAAAAAUCUAACAGGAAGUAUCUUGAUUUCCUUUUUUCAAACACAACCAUUGUUUCUGUCCAGCUACACAUGGUUGAUGUAUUUCUUUUCUUUCGUACUGUGUAAUACUGUAUUCACAACCACAAAUGCUUACAGUAAAAAAUUAAAUAGUUUGGUUUCAAUCUUG